AUUACUGGAAACUUGUUAGGUACGUUUUUCUCCCGAUCUCUUCGACUUACCGCCAAAAUCGAAAGAUUCAAAAGCCUUAAGCAGAGAGCAGCUUCUGAAAGAGUAAAGACGAGUAAUGGAGGCCGAGGAGGAGGCUCUUUCGGCUUCAGAACGUGAUGAUUCGAGCGAUGAAUUCCUUUGCGAGGCCGAUGAUAACAACGAUUUCGAAUCUAAUAGCGGCGAUGAUGACCAUAGUGUAGAAUCUCACGCAGGUACCAGUUCGCCUGAUGAAGAUCGAAAAUCGCAAAAUGUUGAUGCUCUUGUGAGGGGUAACCUUAUUGUGAAAAGACAAUCCCUACUUCCACGAGUCUAUUCAGUGACAGAUGCAGCAGCCAAUCUCCGAAAGCCAUUCAAACCUCCAAGCUCCAAUGGUUACAGUAGUACCAAUGAGCAUCUAUCCCGUCGUCUUUGUGCUCGUAAAAGGUUUGUGCCAUGGGGGUCAACAAGGCCAGUGUUGCUUGCAAUUACAAACAUGCUGCACGCUCCAGAAGCUGCUGAGAUAGAUGCAGCGGAAGAAAAUGUAGAACUGCCACCUGGUGUUGAACCUUUGGUGUUGUGGCAGCCUGAAGAAAUUGUGGAGGAAGGCUGUAAUUUAGUACCUAUAAUUGUGGAUCCAUUGCUUGUUAAGUUCCUUCGUCCUCAUCAAAGGGAAGGGGUCCAGUUUAUGUUUGACUGUGUCUCGGGUGCACUUAGUACCUUCAACAUUAAUGGGUGCAUUUUAGCUGAUGAUAUGGGUUUAGGGAAAACUCUGCAAUCAAUCACUCUACUUUACACUCUUCUUCGCCAGGGAUUUGAUGGAAAACCAAUGGUCAGGAAGGCAAUAGUUGUGACCCCUACCAGUCUCGUUAGUAAUUGGGAGGCGGAAAUCAAUAAGUGGGUUGGAGAAAGAGUAAAGCUUGUUGCUUUAUGUGAAAGCACCAGAGAUGAUGUUGUGUCUGGCAUAGAAAGUUUUAUUAAUCCACUUAGUAAUUUAGAGGUCUUAAUUGUUUCCUACGAGACAUUUCGAAUGCAUUCUUCAAAAUUUAGUAAUUCUGGAUCAUGUGACCUUCUCAUAUGUGAUGAGGCUCACAGACUGAAAAAUGAUCAAACGCUGACUAAUCGAGCGUUGGCUGCUUUAGCUUGCAAGCGCCGGGUUCUGCUAUCAGGGACACCAAUGCAAAAUGAUCUAGAAGAGUUUUAUGCUAUGGUUAAUUUCACCAAUCCUGGUAUCUUGGGCGAUGCUGCACACUUUCGGCGUUAUUAUGAGGCACCAAUAAUUUGUGGUAGGGAACCCACUGCUGUCGAGGAAGAGAAGAAAUUAGGAUCUGACCGCUCUGCUGAAUUAAGUUCCAAAGUUAAUCAGUUUAUUUUGAGGAGGACAAAUGCGUUAUUGUCAAACCACCUACCACCAAAGAUAAUCGAAGUUGUUUGUUGCAAGUUGACACCUCUCCAGUCAGAUCUGUACAAUCAUUUUAUACAUUCGAAAAAUGUGAAACGAGCUAUCACUGAAGAAGCAAAGCAAUCAAAAAUCUUAGCUUAUAUAACAGCUCUGAAGAAGCUUUGCAAUCAUCCGAAGCUGAUAUACGACACAAUACGAAGUGGAAGUCCAGGGACAUCAGGAUUUGAGGACUGCAUCCGCUUUUUCCCUCCAGAAAUGUUUUCUGGAAGGUGUGGCUCAUGGACUGGCGGAGCUGGGUUGUGGGUUGAACUGUCAGGGAAAAUGCAUGUCUUAGCCCGGCUACUGGCUCAACUUCGUCAGAAAACUGAUGAUAGGAUUGUUUUGGUUUCCAACUACACACAGACACUGGACCUUUUCUCUCGAUUAUGCCGUGAAAGGAGAUAUCCCUUCUUAAGACUUGAUGGAACUAUAUCAAUUAGUAAAAGACAGAAGCUAGUUAAUCGUUUCAAUGAUCCAACAAAGGAUGAGUUUGCAUUUCUGUUGAGCAGCAAGGCUGGAGGUUGUGGUCUUAAUUUGGUCGGUGGGAACCGUCUGGUUUUGUUUGAUCCUGAUUGGAAUCCAGCCAAUGACAAACAGGCUGCUGCAAGAGUCUGGAGAGAUGGACAAAAGAAAAGGGUCUACAUCUAUAGGUUUUUGAGUACUGGAACUAUUGAAGAAAAGGUGUACCAGCGUCAGAUGUCAAAGGAAGGUCUUCAGAAAGUUAUUCAGCAGGAACAAUUAGAUUCUGAUAUCCAGGGAAACUUUCUCUCGGCAGAAGAC